AUGGGGGAAAAACCAUUUAGCUGUACAGAGUAUGGAAAAUGUUUUACACAAAAGAGUGAUCUGAAAAAGCAUGAAAGGAGUCAUACAGGAGAAAAGCCUUUCACAUGUACAGAGUGUGGAAUAAGUUUUACACAAAUAAGUAGUCUGACAAAUCAUGAAAGGAUUCACACAGGAGAAAAGCUUUUCACAUGUACAGAGUGUGGAAAAAGUUUUACAGAAAAGAGUAGUCUGAGAAAACAUGAAAGAUUUCACACGGGGGAAAAGCCUUUCACAUGUACAGAGUGUGGAAAAUGUUUUACAGAAAAGAGUGAUCUGAAAAGGCAUGAAAGGAUUCACACAGGGGAAAAGCCUUUUACAUGUACAGAGUGUGGAAAAUGUUUUACAUGGAAGAGUGAUCUGAAAAGGCAUGAAAGGAUUCACACAGGGGAAAAGCCUUUCAAAUGUACAGAGUGUGGAAAAAGUUUUACACGGAAGAGUGAUCUGAAAAAUCAUGAAAGAAGUCACACAGGAGAAAAGCCUUUUACAUGUACAGAGUGUGGAAAAAGUUUUACAGAUAAGGGUAAUCUGAGAAAACAUGAAAUGAUUCACACAGGGGAAAAGCUUUUCGCAUGUACAGAGUGUGGAAAAUGUUUUACAGAAAAGAGUGAUCUGAAAAAGCAUGAAAUGAUUCACACAGGGGAGAAGCCUUUCACAUGUACAGAGUGUGGAAAAAGUUUUACAUGUAAGAGUGAUCUGAAAAAUCAUGAAAAAAGUCACACAGGAGAAAGACCUUUCACAUGUACAGAGUGUGGAAAAAGUUUUACAGAAAAGAGUACUCUGAGAAAUCACGAAAGGAUUCACACAGGGGAGAAGCCUUUUACAUAUACAGAGUGUGGAAAAAGUUUUACACAAAAGAGUACUCUGAGAAAUCACGAAAGGAUUCACACAGGAGAAAAGCCUUUCACAUGUACAGAGUGUGGAAAAUGUUUUACAAAAAAGAGUGAUCUGAAAAAGCAUGAAAGGAUUCACACAGGGGAGAAGCCUUUCACGUGUACAGAGUGUGGAAAUAGCUUUACACAAAUAAGUAAUCUGAGAUACCAUGAAAGGAUUCACAAGGGAAGAAACCUUUCACACGUUUAGAAAGUGGAAAAAGGGUUUUAUUUAA